AUGGGUCAGCCUAACCUGCCCGCAGACCUAGAAGGGCGUGUCAAGGCAUUCGAUGCCAUGUUGAUCGCCAUGUCACAACAGCUACCGCCUACUAAUCCUGGGAUAAGCACAGAGGACGUGGCCGUCAAUGACAAUGUCACAGUCCGUCUCUACCACCCUCCUGGCGCCGACGGGAAGAAGCUGCCACUUACAGUCUUCGCUCAUGGAGGAGGCUGGAUCGCCGGCAAUCUUGAUACCGAGGAUCACAUCUGUCGAGUCGUCUGUGGCGAGGUCAAUUGCAUCGUCAUGUCAGUAGCAUACCGCUUGGUCCCCGCGACAUCCUUCCCAACUCCAAUCGACGAUGUGGCUGCAGCUUUCGACUACGCCCACCAGAACACGAGCGAUUUAGGCGCAUGCGGCGUAUACUUAUGGGGCGGUUCAGCGGGCGGCGCCUUGGUCUUGGCCGUAGCCUACCAGCUUCGACGCAAAAACCGAAUCUCGGACCUUGCAGGUCUAGUACUCAUGGCACCCAUGUUCCUUCACCCUGAUGCGUGUCCAGAGAAGUACAAGCAUUUGCACAGAUCUUGGACUGAGCUCUCUGGCCCCAUCCCUCUGGUGACGGCAGACGACUGCAUGAAGUCCUACCAUGGCUUUGGACUUGCUCCGCCUUAUGAGGGGGAUGACGAGAGACGCAAUUGGUUCCCACUGACAAUUGGGCCAGAGGCAUUGAAAGGAAUGCCGAGGACGUAUAUCAUUAACUGCGAGAUCGAAUGCAUGAGAGACGAUGGGACAGUGGCCGAGGCGCAGAUGAUAGAUGCCGGGAUGGAUGUGAAAAGAGUUGUGUUGCCGGGAUUGCCACAUUACUUCUGGUCGUUUCCGCUUGAGAAGGCUGGACUUAGAUUUAGGGACACCCUCGUCAAGGGAGUCAAAUGGAUGCUCGAGCUUCAAAGCUGA